AUGGCAGAGUAUCAGGAUGUAGCAACUGAUGCCGAUAUUCUACUAUACAAUCCACUUAAAGCACGUGAGAAAGAACUUACAAUUGCAAAAUCUAAGAUUCAUCAUUAUGGACUCUUUGCCUUGGAGCGCAUUAAAGCAAAUGAAUUCGUUAUUCAAUAUACUGGAGAACUUAUACGUCAAGCAGUUGCAGAUCUGCGGGAAAGAAAGUAUAAAGCUGAAGGCAUUGACGGGAGCUAUAUGUUUCGUGUUGGAGAUGAUACCAUUAUUGAUGCCACCAAGAUGGGAAAUAAUGCAAGAUUGAUAAAUCAUUCAUGCGAUCCAAAUUGCAAUGCUAAAAUUCUUACCAUUAAGGGGAAAAAGAAGAUCGCUAUAUAUGCCAAACGAGAUAUUGAAUUUGGAGAAGAGAUUACUUAUGAUUAUAAGUUUCCUAUAGACAAGCAUGACAAAAUUCCUUGUCAUUGUGGUGCUUCUAAUUGCAGAGGAUCUUUGAAUUAA